AUGUAUCGUCGAUCCGCCGUCGGCAAUCUUGUAUUCAAGCGUUUCAACUCCCGUCUCGUAUACCAGCCCAACGCCGAGCGUGCUCGUGCUUUCAAGGAGACCUAUGAGCAGACCACCAACCACGGCAAACACUCUGCUAAUACCUGGCGCAACAUCUCCCUCGCUUGCGUUCCCGUGAUGGCUGCCUGCGCUUGGUACGUUUACGGUCGUGAGUCUAGCCAUUUGUCCCACGUCAAGGUUCAAUCCAAGCAGCCUGACGACGCAUGGCCUACUGAGUUCGAGUACCAGAACGUCCGCUCCCGUAAGUUCUUCUGGGGUGACGGUGACAAGACCCUGUUCUGGAGCUGGGCCAACCACCACAAGAACAACUAG